UCCAGUGUCCCUGGACGGGAAGGCAGAGCUGUGUUAGGACGGUGUGUUCCUGUGGGUUAGGCCCGCUCGGAUUCUCGCACGAUUUUAUCGCUAUUAUUUGAUUUUCCUGUACUCGGUUUGCCUGACUGGAAGACCCGGCGGGCGGCGCGCUGGUGAUCAGCAGAUGGUGCGACGUGGUGGUGCUGUGCCCUGAUUGGUGAAGAGAUGUUGUGUCGCGCGCUGGGGGCGGGACUGCUGGGCGGAGCUCGUGUCUUGGUGAAGAGCCCCCUGGCAGGCUGCGCUCUGAGCCGAGCUGUGCGGGAGAAGAGAGUGUGCGAAGUGCCCGGGAGCAGUUUUGGUAUCAGGAGACAUCUAGCAGCCAUGCCUGAGGUAGACACAGACUCCCUGGAUGAGAAGCAGGUCCAGCUGCUGGCUGAGAUGUGUAUUCUAAUAGAUGAGAACGACAAGAAGAUUGGAGCCGACACCAAGAAAAGCUGCCAUCUUAAUGUCAACAUUGACAAAGGUCUGCUGCACAGAGCGUUUAGCGUUUUCUUAUUUAAUACAGAAAAUAAACUACUGUUACAACAGAGGUCAGAUGCCAAAAUCACAUUUCCAGGUUGUUUCACUAACACAUGUUGCAGUCAUCCCCUCAGUGUACCUCUGGAAACAGAAGAGCAGGAUGCUAUAGGGGUUCGUCGAGCAGCACAAAGACGACUGAAGGAAGAGCUUGGAAUACCAAUGGAGCAGGUGACUCCAGAUGAACUGAGAUACCUGACGAGAAUUCACUACAAAGCUCAAUCAGAUGGCAUCUGGGGAGAGCAUGAAAUAGAUUACAUCCUGUUUAUACAGAAGGAGGUCACUUUAGAUCCAGACUCCAAUGAGAUUCAAAGCCACUGCUACGUUUCCAAGGAGGAACUGACACAGUUAUUGGAGAAGGCUAAGCAAGGAGAAGUAAAGAUUACACCGUGGUUCCAGCUGAUAGCGGACACACUUCUGUUCAAAUGGUGGGAUAACUUGGAAAAUCUAAAAUCCUUUGAGGAUCAUGAUAAAAUCCAUCGGAUGUGAA